GUGACGUCACGCAUGAAUCAGCUGUGACAACACAUAUGCGAUUGUCAAGUUCGCAUAAAUACACGUAUACGUACGUGCAUUUCCACUCAUACCAAUUACACUUGCGAAUGCUACAGCUGUACACCCAGUGAUUUUCCACUUCGUUUGCGGGAAUAAAAACCAUCAAUUUGACGGUAUAUUUACCAAAUUGUCUCGUCAUCUGUUCGGUUAUCAUACUUCAUUUGUGUCUUCAGCUCAAAAUACACCAUGCCUCUUGCAGUGUUUGUGACGAAUGUGGAUGUCAGCUCGACGAUGGAGGAGAUUGCGACAGGACUUUCCCACAUACUAGCAGACAGAUUGCAUAGGGAAGAGGAGAAGAUAACCGUUCACAUCCACCCGAAUCAGUUCAUGCUCCGGGGAGGGUCGACCGACCCGGCCGGGUAUGUCUCGCUGUGUACGUCCCGUGGAUUCGGGGACGUAGAUCAUCGAAGAGAAACAUCUCAAAAGAUCUUGGACUUCAUCAAGGAGCACCUUAAACUUAAAAAUUCCUCCAGGUUCAUGGUAUACAUGCACACGAUGUCAGCCGAUGAUAUCGGUAUCGAUGGCGGUCUAGUAUCAGAUCGGUUUGGUUGCAUGGGGCAAGGAGGACCGUUCGAUGUCAGAUGGCACAAAUUGACCAAAUAAAUAUCGACCUUUACGCCUCUUCUCGAACUAAAGUCUUGAGUUUAUAUCUUUGUUUUCUCAAUAAAUAUGUAUAAUAAUUGUUCUCAUUUCCAAUUUCUCUCUAUCUGUAUAAAAACUUUUUCUACUCUUAAUUAUGUAUAUUGAUAAAAAGUAUAUUAAAUCAGAUCAUGAUGUAAAAAUAUAUCUUAUCAUUACUGUGGAGCGAGUUUGUAAACGUGCUUUGGCUACAGAGAUUUGAUUAUGAAUACAGAAUGUCUUGUUCUAUAUUUUUUUUAAAGAAAUCAUAUAUUUGUUUGAAAUAUUAAUCUCCAUCGGCUGCUUUUACAUGAUUGUUAUGAGACUUACCACAGUCUAUUGUUUUCCAUGUCAUUUGAAAUAUGAGUUAAUCAGAGAAACUUAAAAAUCAGCGUCUUAUUUAUCUUUGUAAAAAAUGAAAAAGCAUGUAACGGAGUUUAAAAGAAGGCUUACGUGUAAUCACUUAUAAUUAUUUUCGUAAUGACCUCGUUUUAUUUUAAAUGUGUUUUUAGUGACCAUAUUAUUUUGGUUUCAUUUUAGAAUUGCUUGUUAACAAAAAAAAGGAGAAUGACUGAUCAUUUUUUUUAUCAGGGGAACAAAAGAAAAAAGUACAAACUUGAGGCUAUUAUGAUUAUCGUUAUGUAUAAAAUUGUGGAUUCCGAUCUGGCGUCAAACAAACACUUCAUUUUGAUUAUAUUUUCUGAGCAAAUUAUAAAAAAAACAUAUAUCGUUAAUAAUAAAAGAUAAUAUAAUGUAUACACUAAUUAACCAUGUUAAUGUUGAUGGAGUUCCAAUGCAAUGUUCAAUUUGAUGCCUUCUGUUAUGUUCUGUUUCUUAUUCUCGUUAAUGUUAUUUAUUUGUGUGGCAUUGUCUGUUCUUUAUGAACGUGUUGUUGGGGAUGGCUCCUAAGACACAAGAAUGUUUGAUUUUUUUUUCUUCGUUCUACAUUCUUCAUUGUUUUUCUUCAUUUAUUAUUAAAAAUUGAAUUUUAUACAAGAAAUAAACAGGAAAUAGAAUCGUAAUUAACAGCUACGGCAAUGAUAGAAUCAUUGAUUUUUCAAAUUGACUGAGAGUGGUUUUUUGCUAAUUAACAUUUGUUCCAAAAACACUGUCGUAUGUUUUGAGGCAAUUUGCGGAGACCUAGCCUUUAGAACAUAUUCAUUUCUUAUUUGAUGGCCUUGCUAUUGUUACUUUUGUUAUUGGCCUUGUUUUUAAAAAAGACUUAUGGACCAUAGGUCCACGUAUAAACCUAUAUAGUCGGGACCGCGACCGGCCCAUACUUGCCGACGACCAAGUUGACUAAUGUAUGUAUUGAUAUGAGUGGUUGUAUUGUUUUAUUAUUUAUUUUCCUUUUUCAGUCCAUCUGAAGACAUAUCAUCACGAUUUUAAAUAAAUCUCAUUUCGUAUGAUGUAUUUCUUUUACUUAUUAACGUUUUAUGUGCAUUUCUUGUCCUUUAUUGUGCAAAUAUUUCCAUUAAAUGUAUUUUUAAAACAUUCGAA